UCACCAAUCUCAAAAUUGAUGCACCAAAUCACCAAUAUGUGCACAUUUUAGGUGUUUUUAAUGUCAUUAACCUUGAGAAUGCCUCAAGUAUUACUGAGGCUGAAAUUUGUAUGAACAUCCAUAAUGAUCAAAUAGGGGUUCCUGCCAGUUGGAUUCCUGCCUGCAAUUCUAGCAAUUUGCUCAAGAUCUUUGAUCACCUACCUCAUAUUCGAAGGCUUGAAAUUAAGAGGCGCUUUUUAGAGUAUUUGUCUCUGCGCGCCUUGCCAGAAAAGCUCACUAAACCAUGUCAAUAUCUGAAGGCUCUUUCUAUAGACAGAUGCUUCGAUGAUCCGGAUGAAAUUUCAACUGCUCUAUGCUUUCUGAGAAGCUCCCCUGCUCUACAAGAACUAAAAAUUUUGGUGGAUCAGAGAGAGAACCUCUCAAGAGUACACUCUAUUUUCGAAGAAGUGGAGUCUCCUUGUGUAAAUCACAACUACAAUUGCACAUUUUCUCAACUGCGACUUGUGAAAAUAACUGAGAUCUCUGGUGUUAAAGCUGAACUAGAUUUCAUCAGAUUUCUACUUUUAAGUUCACCUGUGCUUGAGAGAAUGACUGUCACGACUCGUAGAUUUCCCGAGCCUUCUUAUGUGGACGGUUUUCCGAAACUAGUAAAAGAGCUACUCCAGUUUAAACGUGAAUCAAAGCAUGCAGAGAUAAUUCUCCUGGACCCAUUGAAAGACGAGCUCCUUCACUUCCCCACCCGAAUUUGA